UUACCUCAGCGCUUUCCGAGACAUGAGAUCGGCUCAUUUAGCAGCCUGUUUCCUUACCUGUUAAAGAAGGAAAUCACGAAUUUCAGCAAAGCGAAGGGAAACAGGCAGAAAGGCGGAUAAAGCUGGAGAACUGCUCCAGGAAAAAACAAACAAAACUCAACUAAACGCGGCGGAUCGCUCCUUUUUCUCCUUCUACCGGCGGAGCAGUGGGAACCUGAGGGGCGUGCAGGCGUGUUUACAAGUGUUUGAACGAGUGCCAGAGACCAGGAGAAGGAGGAUAAAAGCCCAAAGGAAGGAGGGAUGGUGGACAACUCCAGCAGCGGCAGCAAGGCGCAAAUGGUGAGUCCUGGCUGCGCUCUCAGGCUGUGCGCCUCUCUGCGCCUUUAACGCGUCAUUCAGCCACAAGGAGCUGAAUGCUGAGCGCUUAGUUUACCAGACAAGCAGGACAGCAAAGUUUAAAGAGCCCAGUAUGUCUCAGGAACCCAGCGUGGUCUUCUCACAGAACACCUCCACAGGGGGAAUGAAGCUGGAGGCAGUGAUGGAGCAGCUCCAGCGCCAGCAGCAGGCCCGCCUGGAAAUGGAGAGGAAGGAGCGGAAGCUGCGAGAGGCUCACAUCAUGUACGCUCAGCAGGUGGCUGCCCAGCAGGCCAUACUGGCUGCAGCCCGGGCUUCCGGGGCCAACUUUAUGGGCAAAGGCAUUACCGGAGGCGUUCCUGCCGGCGGCUUGCCUCCUCGCGUGUCCAAUCAGAGCAGUGUAGACUCAGAAAGAGAGGAGGAUGAGGACAGAGGCCGGGAUUCUGGCGACGAGGACGAUGACAAUGAGAUGAUGGAAGGGGAUGAGGGCAGCGAUACGGACGAGGGAAGCGCCAGUGGUCUGGAGUUCCUCCGCAAGCAGACGUUGGCUCUGCAACAGAGCGCCUCCCGCAUCCCUGCUCGUCCGUUUGCGGGGUACUCAAUGUCGGCCCCCCAGAAGGCCGCCUCCCCGUCCAUUAGAGUGAAGCAGGAACCCGAUGAGGGCCUGUCUCCCGCUGGGCCAAACUCCUCUACCUCUCCUAAUGGACAGGCCGACUGGGGAUUCGAUGACCACUUCAGACAGAAUGGCAGCUCUGGAUGGACAGACGACGCCGACAGUAACAGAGGAAGAGGAGAAGCCUCCAGAGACUUUGCAAAGCUGUACGAGCUGGACAACGACCCCAAAAGGAAGGAGUUUUUAGAUGAUCUCUUCACCUUCAUGCAGAAAAGAGGAACCCCAGUCAAUCGUAUUCCCAUCAUGGCGAAACAGGUCCUGGAUCUGUAUAUGCUCUACAAGCUGGUAACAGAGAAGGGAGGCCUUGUGGAAGUUAUCAACAAGAAGAUCUGGAGAGAAAUCACCAAGGGACUCAACCUGCCCACAUCCAUCACCAGUGCUGCUUUCACUCUGCGCACACAGUACAUGAAAUACCUGUACCCGUACGAGUGCGAGAGGAAAGGUCUCAGCUCCCCGGGUGAGCUGCAAGCAGCCAUCGACAGUAACCGACGCGAGGGCCGUCGUCCUAGCUACAGCAGCAGCCUCUUCCGCUUCUCACCUUCUCCAAGCACGGCUCCCCACAUCCUCUCUCCGCCCAAGAUGCAUCUGGCAGGCCUUGGUGCUGGGACCUCUGUGGCCAUCAACGGCCUUCAGGCUUCUCCAGGAACCUCUUUGAAGAAAGAAGACCUGACUCCUGCAAUGAUGGCAGGGAGACCCCCCAUGGCGCUGUCUCUGGGUCAGCAGCAGGUGGCCGGUUUGGCCAGAGCCGCCACACUGGAGCAGCUCAGAGAAAAGCUGGAGACCAGCGGAGGGGGAGAGGGGCCAGAGAGAAAGAUGGCCCGCCUGGCAGAGGAGCAGCAGCGUCUCAUGCAGCAGGCUUUCCAACAUAACUUGUUGGCUAUGGCUUCCCAAAUGCCCAUGAACCUGCGCUUGGGAGCCCCCACCAUCGCCACCAGAGGUCAGCGUUUCCAAGAAGAGAAGCAGCAGGACAUGUCACUGAGCAUCUCCACCAAUGGCAGUGCUAGCAUCACUGUAUCUGUAGAGGUUAAUGGCACAAUCUAUUCAGGAACCCUUUUUGCCCAGAAGUCCGGUGCUGCACCAGGGACUGUUGUCGCUGCUAGCGCUGCCUCGUCAUCCCCUGCUGGAACCAGCACAAGCUUUGGCUUCUCUGCUCCCCAGGCUCAGACCCUCAGCCCCACACCCUCUUCCACCUGCUCCUCCAAGGGCUCUGGCUCCGCUGAGCUGGCCCCCAGCGGGUCCCCCUAACUCGAGCUUUCUUCCGCUUCCUGGACCGGUUUUCCCCAGCAAGGCCUCAGCAUAAAUAGUUCAACGAGAAACCGAUAAGAAUAAGAAAACUGUUGCACAACAAAUACCUCAACAACCCUGUCAACCUUUUGGCUGUCCAGUAAUGAGCAUAGAGCGUCAGAAUAUCACAAACACACGAUUCUCUGCGUUUAAUCCACCACACAGAUAGAUAAACACAUCAUUUCUACACUUUUUAAUCCUAGUGUAGAUGCUAAACACAAUCAGCUCAGCCAAAACCCGCUGACAGGCGUAUUCACAACUGAACUUGAAAAGUUUUACUUUUAGGACAUUUUGUUUGUUCGUUGCCAUUUUGUUGUCCUUUUUUGAUUUUGUGUCGUUUUUUUUUUUUAGAAUGAUUUUUGUUUUCAGUUUUUUUCUCUUUUUACGUACCUCAAAUCAAGUAACCUGCAGUGGUGUCUUUACCUCAGGAGCUGUAGAAUAUUUAACCUGAAUCAACUUUAUUUUUGUAUUUUCUUUGAACGUGUUGCAAUCAGGGGAAGUCGGGUAAACUCUCACCACAACAACCUCAUUUUACAGAGCCUUGACCUCACAGCAAUAGGCCUCCAACCCAGGCCAUUCUGCUCUCUAACACACUGUAGCCUCGGACUGAUGAUGCUGUGGAUCGGCAGAUUAAAUACCUCAUCUCACAAUCACUCUCGUUAGAAAGCCUUUAAGCAUUAACCUAUGUAGGAGCAUCUCAUUCAGUUCAAAUAUCCUUAAAAAUCAUUUAUGUUAUUUAAUUUAACUUGCAUAUUUCAAGCAUUUAUGUCUGUGCAUUUGAUUAUUAUGGCUAACGACUAAUGGAAGAAACUAAAAUUUCAGUUCGUCUGAAAAUUUAAUAUUACAGAAAACCAAUUAAAAUUGAUUUCUAAACAGCAGGAGUGCUCAGUGGUUAAAUUUCCUUUUGCAUUAGUUAGUAUUUUAGUGAUCAGCUUUUUUUAUUAUCCAAGGACGUCAUCAUAGAGCAAAGCCUUUACAAUCCAAAGAGCAUUUUUGCCUUCAGUCCAGCUAAGUAAAACGUAUUUAAGACCUUUAAAAAAAAAGACAGAAUGGUUAUGGAUAAAUUAAUUGUCUGAAACAUAAUUUUAUUUCUAUUCUUAAGGUUUAAAAAUAAAAAAAACGCUUUCAUAAAAAUAGGUUAUCAAUUAAUAAGACAGGGAUAUUUUUGGGAAGUUAUAUUGGAUGGAAAAGGUUUUUUUAUUUACUUUAUAUCCAAAACUAUUAGCCGGGUUUUGAUAUUUUUCUGACCGUGAUUGUGAGCCUCCUGCGUCUCUUGGGCUGCAGGUUGCAGACGGCUGUCUGAGAGGUCCUCAGUGCAGUUUAGGACAGGCACUUUGGAUGCUGAAGUGAUAAAACAUUCAAUAAAGGAAGUAUUGGUACUAAAGGUGCUGAGAAAAGCCUGGAUAAAACUUGAGAUCAGCAUCUCUGUAAGCUUGUUAGCAGAGGUAGCACUUGUUGGUAAUGUCCUGAAUCCAUCUGUGUGGCAGACCUUAAAGCACUCACUCCAAAUCUAUAUUCUUCUCAGUUUCCCCCAAACUUUCAAAUGGCCUUUUUUUUCCUUAUGGUUCCUUAGACCCGAAUUUUCAAUAAUAUGCCUGGAUUCUGAACAGCCGGCUUCUUUGGCAAGACUUUUUUUGGCUUACCUAUCAAGGGUGGU